AAACAGCUCUGAGAACAUUUCAUCACCUCACGAACGAUCAAAGAGACGAAACCCUAAAACAAGAUGGGAGGAAGGAAUGACGAAGAAGCUGGCGGAGGAGAUAUUAAAGACAAAGAGGAAGAGCAGGAUGACAUGUCUGUGCACUCUCCCUGUAAAGCCUUACCUUCCUCCGCUUCUUCUCUCUCCAAGGAGCAGUCACAGGUUGAAUUGGAGCUCACGUUAUUAGAAGCUCUUGAAAUCUACCCUCCCGUUAAACUCCGAGGCAUACAUCGCCACUUUGUUCUUUAUGGUCUGAUGGAAUAUCUCGGCAGAAGCUUUGACCGACCGUUCUCAGCGGAUGAGGUUCUGCAGCUACUGGAUCGUUUCUACAACAUAGAGAUGCUGAAAUCAGAUGAUGAGGACAUUGACAUUCUUAACCACGAGGAAGACUUUACCUUGCCCCAGAGUUUCUUUGAUAAGGAAGAACAGUGACAGAAGAAGAAGAACUGGCCUUUGCUUCCGUUUCACUCCUCUUUUUUUUUGUAUAUGGUUGGUUAGGUUUGUCUUCAGCUCUUAUGAUAAGCCCUAUUGUAUAUGAUGCAGUAUUAGUGUAGAACCAUCGGACCACUACUCAUCUUUUUUUUUUACUGUCCAAGAGUUCAAUAUAAACAAGCUUUUUGUUCUC